UUUCCCUUUUCAUCAAAGUACCUACCUACCUAACCUCGAACUAUUGUUUUGUUAUUUUAUUAUUAGUUUAUUAUUAUUAUUAGUAUUACUAGGGAAAUAAAUAAUUACAGCAUUUAAUUUUUAAAAUGCCAGUCGAUACUGAAGAUGAUUUUACUGAUUUCAAGAUACCACCGAUAUUUGAGGAUUUCAAUGAGCGUGUGAAGGAAUACAUUUUAAAACCAGAGAGAUUGUCAAUUCAUAAAUGGGAGCGGUCACAAACCCAUUGGCAUAGGAAGACUGAUGUAGAUUCUCUGUUAAAAAAUGAUGACGAUGAAGUUGGCCCAGACACAACAUUAGAAGUAGUGCGAGAUCCAAUUACUGGUGAAAUAAUAGGUCUUGAAGAAAUAAGUAUACCUAAUGAGGAUGAUGAGGAGAGUUUGUCUAUGGCACGGGCGCCUUUGCCUCCAAGUUUGGCAACUCGAGGCACCACCAUGCAGAGCCCAUUCAUACCUGCAGGAUUUGAAGAGGAAUUACAGAAGAUUCUGGAGGAUGCUGCUAGCAUUCAGAUUAACGUCAAUAUAGAGAAUGAUGAACCUGGAAAGUUUUUGGGUGAAGAUAUUUUAACAACCCCUCCUGGCAAAAAGGAGGGUGUGAUAUUUGCAGAAGAUGGAGUCACAGUUCUCAACCAUGAAAAGAGAGAUGAGAGUGAAAAGCUUGAAAAGACUGAUAAUAUUGAUAUCCAGAUUAAAAUCAACCUUGAAGAAGUUGUUGAUAGUAAUGUCCACUUGGAAGGUCUUUGGAAGGAUGAUGAUGAACAACCAAAAGAAAAGCCAAAAUCAAAAAAGGUGGAAACUGACACAUUCAUCUCUCAAGAUGACAACUUCCUUGAAAGCACUAUAAUUCAGCCUCCUAUUGAACUGCCAGAUAUUCCAGUAUUAAAUAUCACAAGCAGUUCAGUUCGGACAGGAGUGACGUCAACGGAGUGGGCUGAGAUGAUUGACGUGUCUCAGCCUGUGCCUGAUUUCAAAGAAAAAAUAAAAGAUAUGGCACAUAGUUACCCAUUUGAGUUGGAUAAUUUCCAGAAACAGGCUAUACUGAAAUUGGAAGAAGGCCACCAUGUGUUUGUGGCUGCUCACACAUCCGCCGGUAAAACUGUUGUGGCUGAAUAUGCUAUUGCUAUGUCGCGAAGGAAUUGUACCAGGGCAAUUUACACGUCCCCAAUCAAAGCGUUAUCGAAUCAAAAGUACAACGACUUUAACAAGCAGUUCGGUGAAGUAGGCUUAUUGACUGGAGACCUUCAGAUCAACGCGACGGCGUCCUGCCUCGUAAUGACCACUGAGAUCCUCAGGUCCAUGUUGUAUUGUGGGAGUGACGUCACAAGGGAUUUAGAGUUUGUUAUAUUCGAUGAGGUGCAUUAUAUCAAUAAUGCUGAGCGAGGGUACGUCUGGGAAGAGGUGCUAAUUCUCCUGCCAGCCCACGUGAGCAUAGUGAUGCUGAGCGCGACUGUACCCAACACCCUGCAGUUCGCGGACUGGGUCGGCCGCACCAAGAAGCGGAAGGUCUACGUCGUGUCCACGCCCAAGAGGCCAGUGCCGUUGUGUCACUACCUGUAUACAGGUUCGGGAGGCAAAUCAAAGCAUGAAAGAUUCUUAGUCAUAGACCAAGAUGGCAACUUCCAACUUCGAGGGUAUAAUGAAGCCGUCGCUGCUAAGAAAGCCAGGGAAAAUGAACACAAAAAGAACUUUGGUCCAAAAGGCAAUAAGCAGUACAUGAAUCCCAAAGCCGAUCAGACAAUGUGGGUAGCAUUUAUAGACCAUCUGAAACAGAAAGACAAACUGCCAGUCGUCGCUUUUACUCUCUCCCGUAACAGAUGUGACCAAAACGCAGAAAAUUUGAUGUCCGUCGACUUGACCACUGCUAAAGAGAAGGGUCACAUUCGUUCGUUCUUCCAACGGUGUUUACAGAGGCUCAAGGAACCAGAUAGAAAAUUACCACAAGUUAUAAGAAUGCAAAGAGUCCUGGAAAAUGGCAUCGGCGUACACCACAGUGGCAUUCUGCCUCUGCUUAAGGAAAUUGUGGAGAUGUUGUUCCAGUCUGGAUUUGUUAAAAUCCUGUUCGCGACAGAAACAUUCGCGAUGGGCGUGAACAUGCCCGCGCGCACCGUGGUGUUCGACGAGGUGACCAAGUACGACGGCAAGGAGCGCCGCACGCUGGCGCCCGCUGAGUACAUACAGAUGGCGGGUCGCGCCGGGAGGCGGGGUCUGGACGACACUGGAACCGUGAUAAUCCUGUGCAAGGACUCUGUGCCGGACCAGCUGACGCUGAAGGGCAUGAUGCUGGGCACUCCACAGAAACUGAGCUCGCAGUUCAGAUUGACCUAUGCCAUGAUCCUCAGUCUGUUACGUGUAGCUACGGUGUCAGUAGAAGGUAUGAUGCAGCGAUCAUUUAGAGAAUUCCACCAGAUAUGCCAAGCGGACACGUACAAGAAACAACUGCAACUCGCUGAGAAGGAAUAUUCGGAAAAGUGUAGUACACCGCUGCCUGCACACUUGGCCCCUUUAGCGACGUUCUACGAUACGGCAGCAAGCUACAUCGACGUGUUGAACGAUAUCAUGCCCGUGUUGUUGAAGUCGUCGAAACUGAUAAAGGAGCUGUCGCCUGGACGCGUGUUAAUUACAUCCGCUGGGCCGUAUAUAAAUCAAUUGGGUGUAUUUCUGAAUAGUAGUGGUCCGCGCCAAACGCCAUACAAAGUAUUAGUAUUGAACACAAACGAACAAGACCCUACGCGGUAUAACUUCGAUGUCGAUGACAACUGGUACAGGAUGCUCAGCUUCUCGGCCAUGUAUGAUUAUGUUGGUACGGAAGACAGCACGCUCGAUCACACAAUCUUAUGUAUUGCUCCCAAAAACAUAGUGGCGGUUACAAAGCUAUCCUUAAAAAUAGACGCCAACAUUAUCAUCCAAGAUUGGGAGAAAAGACAAAUGCCUAGAUUCAAAGACGCGCCAGUAGGUUCGAGUUGCCUCACUCUAGUUCAAGAGCUGUCGCGGAUCUCGCACGAAGUCCGGACAGGUGUCACCAAAUUGGACUACAUCAGUCUCAAACAGUCCCUAAACGUCACCACGGGCGAGUUACUGCAGCUGCUCGACAGAAUGGAUAAAUAUAAAGCGGAACUAGAUGCCCAAAAGAAAAUCACAGACAUUGCCAAUUUCAAAACUGAAUUCGCGAUCGUGUACGAAAGGAAGCAGACCGAGAGGAAGCGAGACAGAUAUAAGAAAUUGUUGUCUUUUGAGAACCUCGCUUUGUACCCGGAUUAUCAGAGACGCCUGAUGGUGCUGAAGGAGCUUAACUAUAUUGAUGAACACGACAGCGUUAUAUUGAAAGGUCGCGUGGCUUGCGGCAUGGGCACCAACGAGCUGAUAAUAUCGGAGCUGGUGUUCCGCAACGUGUUCACGGACAAGAGCCCGGCCGAGAUCGCGGCGCUGCUCAGCUGCUUCGUGUUCCAAGCGCGCACGGCCAUUGAACCCGCACUCACUGAGAAGUUGGCGGACGGCGUGAAGGCUAUCGAAGCUAUUGAUGACGAGCUCGUCAAAAUUGAACACAAGUAUUUGGUGGACCAAGCCGACGGUCAGCAAGAGAGGCUGAACUUCGGCCUUGUAAGGGUCGUGUACGAGUGGGCGCUCGAGAAACCCUUCGCGGAGAUCAUGGACCUCACUGAUGUGCAGGAAGGCAUCAUUGUCAGGUGCAUACAGCAGCUUCAUGAGCUGCUGAUCGACGUGAAAGACGCGGCCGUAGCGAUUGGGGACCCGAAGCUCCAAGCGAAGAUGUUGGAGGCGUCCACCGCCAUAAAGCGAGACAUAGUAUUCGCCGCCAGUCUCUACACCACGCAGAAAGAGGCCGUCACGUCUUAGAGAAAUUCUCAGGACAAAACUGUUUGCUGCUAGUGCAUUUGUUGCUUGUGAUACGUGAAGUAUUGUCUACUGUAUCCUAGUAUCUAGUGAUGACUAGCUAUUGUUAGCAGCUAUGCCCCUGUUAUUCAGCCCGCGCCCGUAGCAAUCAUAGCGAAGAUGUUGGAGGCGUCCACCGCUAUAAACUAAGAUAUAGUGUCCACUGCCAUCGUCUACACCACGCUGAAAGAGGCCGUCUCGUCUUAGAGUUUACAUUACAAAAUUUUGCCAGCUGGUCAGGAGGUAAAAUAUACCUCUUUUUCACUUCCUGAGAGGUAUAUUUUGAAAAUGUACUCGAAAGUAUUGGUUAUAACCUUUUUAUUAUGCUGAUAUUAUGUAUUUUCCUGGCUUUUUAUUGACAAAUUUUCAAGUCCAAAUUCGUUUCAGCUAAGCUAUAUAAAGAACCAGUUUGGUGUACAUGUACACCACUAUAUCAGAAGAUUAAUUUUAUUGAGGUUUUGCUUGAGAGUCAUAUUUUUUAUUUUUUAUGCCGGCUCCACACUGUCGCGGCGAACAGUUUAAUACAUUGCUGGUUUUUCAUUGCGGUAAAUAAAAGCUCAUACUAACUACGCGAAAUUCCCGUUGGCUUGUAUCUGAGUUCCGCAACACUGUGGAGCUGGCAUUAUGUAAGACCAAAAAAAUUAAUGGUCAUUCAGAUAUUAUUCCACAUUUUUGUGAAAAGAUACUGAAGUCUAGUCUCUGUUUGAAUAUUGGUAGAUUGUAAUUGAAAUCUAGCAAGAGACUAUAGCUAGGAAUAUGUUAACAUAGGAAUUACUAUUAUAUAGCAUGUAUCAAUAUCUAUGAGAUAAUAAAUUUUAUUAAAUAAUAUAUUGUUAAUGGUUUUGAAAGAAUGUAACUCGCAAUACCACAAUAAAACUAUAAUGAACAACCUGAAACUAUAAUAUACCUCAAUUGUACAACUUUGUGACUGUUAUUUGCCUUAAACAAAUUGUUGCCUGCGCCGAAAUAAUAUUUUUUAUUGUAUGCAUAUUUUUACAUAAAUUAUAUUAAUAAGCUAGUUUAAAUUAAAUUACAAAAUAAAAA